AUCAAGAAACCUUUCUUAUCUUCCUAACAGUCCGUGAUUGACGUUCUGUUCUAUCUAGGAUAUUGCACAACAGGUAUUUAACGGAAAACACUCCUAACUAUCUCCCAGUAUCUUCUUGAACGUUGUAAAUAACAGAACGUAAGAUGUGGAAAACAACGACGGUUAUACUUGUUUUGGCAAUUGGUUUAUAUCAUCUUAUAUUCAAUUCCGAACAAUUGAAGAAACCAGAUUUGCCGGAAACAUUUUGGGGACCAGACAAGAACAAAGGAGCAUCGAAAGAAAUUCGACCAUUCAAGAUAGACGUACCACAAUCGGUCCUAGAUGAUUUAAACAAACGUUUAGAGAAUCCAAGAUUAAAUGUCGAACCAUUGGAAGGUGUUGCAUGGACUUACGGUGUACCAGCGCCAUAUUUGAAAAAUAUUAUUGAAUAUUGGCGUAAUAAAUAUAAUUGGAACGAGAGACAAGCUCUUCUUAACAAAUAUCCACAAUUUGUAACAAACAUUCAAGGUCUCAACAUCCACUUUUAUCACGUAAAACCGUCGAAUUUACCAAAAAAUAAGAAAAUCAAAGUUAUACCGCUUCUUAUGGUACAUGGUUGGCCUGGUUCAGUGGUAGAAUUCCAAAAGAUUAUUCCAUUAUUGACCACACCCAAACAAGACAGGGAUUUCGUUUUUGAAGUAAUUGCACCAUCUUUACCUGGAUAUGGUUUCAGUGAUGCUGCUGUACGACCUGGAUUAUCACCAGCCCAUAUCGGUAUUAUUUUUAAAAAUCUCAUGACGAGGCUUGGUUUUGAAAAAUAUUAUAUCCAAGGAGGUGACUGGGGUGCUAUUAUUACAUCUUCAAUGGCUGUUCUUUAUCCAGAAAAAAUUUUUGGACUACAUUCGAACAUGUGUACGAGUAAAUUAUUCAACAACUUUUGGUAUAUCAUUGGAACAUAUUUCCCCUCACUUGUCGUUGAUAAGAAAUACGAAAAUAGAAUUUAUCCGAUGAAAGAUAAAUUCUUUUUUAUAUUGGAAGAAAGUGGAUAUUUUCAUUUACAAGCUACUAAGCCAGAUACGAUUGGUUUGGCAUUGAUGAAUUCACCAGUGUCCUUGGCAGGAUACAUACUCGAAAAAUUCAGUACAUGGACAAAUAAAGAAUAUAAAACUAGAAAGGACGGUGGUCUACUUGAGAAAUUUACUUUGGAUGAGCUUUUGGAUAAUAUUAUGGUAUACUGGGUGACCGAUUCUAUAACGUCUAGUGCACGUCUUUAUGCUGAAGCAAAUACCCACAAAAAUAGAGAUUUACAAAUCGAUGAUAUGCCCAUUGAUGUACCAACAGCUUGUGCCUUAUUUCCACACGAAUUGAUGUAUGUACCAGAAAAACUACUUAAAAGUAGAUAUUUGAAUUUAAUUCAAGUGAACCAUAUGCCAGGAGGUGGUCAUUUCGCAGCUAUGGAAGAACCUCUUUUACUUGCAAAUGAUAUAUACGAUUUUGUUGCCAAAGUUGAAAAAUUAUCAAAGAAAGAUGAUAAAAAAGCAACUGCGAUUCCUCAACAGGAUAAUAAAAAAACUCAAAAAA